AUCAUUUCAUGGCAUCUGCAGAUAACCAUCAGCAGGCGUUGCUUCAGACAUUGCUGACUGGAUCUGUGCCAGAAAAAACAGAUGCUCUCAAGGCAUGUGUAGAUUACAUCAGCGACAAUAUUCACUUCUUUGCCAUCAACUUUCUGCCUGUCAUUCUACCUCUUGCUAGCCAAGAAUCAGAUGCCAAUCUUCGAAUUCAACUCUUGCAAGUCAUUGAAAAAGUCUGCUCUGUCUUGUCUUCUGGCUCGCAGGAAGUCAGAUAUCCAGUUAUUGCUGGAUGUAUCGAGGCAGUGGCCGUCAUGUUUGCAGAUGAAACCAUCAGUGUACGCAAGAGACUCAUAUUGACACUGACAAAUAUGUAUCCAGAAGCAUUUCGGAUUCUUUGUGUAACACCUGGCGAUUCAAAAUACUGGCAGAUCUUGUCUAUCCUUAAAACCCAAAUCGAUGGCUUUUUUGUUCAUGAGAAUGAAGGAAUCCGGAUUAAUGCCGCUAGAUAUUUGUCCAAAGUAGCCAUUAUGCAAGCACCACCCGAUGUAACAGAUAACGACACCAUCGCAUCUCUUAGUCUAAUACCAGCAGAUCACCCAUACAUGAAUAAUCAACAACUUGUUGCUGAAUCGGUUACGCUACUUGAUAAAUUCCUAACAUUGCUUCGUGCACAUGCUCAAAUUCAGGCCACUGGGCUCUUUACUUCUGCUAUCAUCAAUUGUCUACAUGAUAUUAUCAUUUCUCGAAAACAAUACGCACAGGCUGCUUUAAAAGUAUUGCUAGAGUUUUUUAAGCAGCAACGUCCAUCACAUUUAACCUCAUUCCAGUACAAGAGCGUUCGUCGCACACUAAAAGUCGUGUUUUUAUCUGUUUUUACAAUUGCUUCACUGGAACCCAUACAACCAGAGAUAAUAGAGGCUUUAGAACAAAUUGGUGCUAAACCAUACGAAAUACAAGGUCGAUUGCGCCGUGCAAUGAAACGAAGCAUACCUGCUGAUUUUGAUGACGAGAUUGAAGACUGGAAAAGAGCAAGAUUUGCUGUGCACGGAACUACAGAGCCUUCAUACGAACAAAGAGCAGCAUUUGCAGCAAAUAUCCUUUUGGUUGGAAUUGAAAAGGUUCCACUAAUGGAUGUCAUUGAAACCAUUAUUCAAGUUGUUGGCACUCGAACUACAGAACAGUUUGAACAGGAUAUCCAGAUGCAUUUGGAAAAUGAAGCUAUUAGAACUGAAAAAGAAAAGGCUGCUCAAACAGCUGUCGUUCAAGAUCCUCGAUUACGAGCUGCUGCAAUGCAAGCUGCUACUCAGCCAGUUGUUCCAAAAGUUGAUCCAGUGGCCGAGGCACUUGCUCGUCAGAUUCAACAAGAUACGUCUAAUCUUAUGGCAGAAAUUCAGGUUUGCAUUCAGUUGCAUCAACAACAAUUACAGGUUCAAGCCGUUACACAGACUCAAGCUGGAAUUCCUGGUUUUAAAGAGGAAACAGAUUUGAAUCAUGCUGGAGGUAUUGACGCUACAAUGAAAGCUGGUGCUGCCAUAGGAUCUGGUAGUGCAUUGGCACUUGAAACUUUUGUUUCGGCAGAAGAACGUAGUGAAUUGGUGGUGGAAACUCUGGAGCGUAUUUUUGCAAUGGAAUCGCAUUUUUCGAUCCCUACUGCAGCAGGAGCCAAACUCCCUGCAUUAAUUCCUCGAGACAAUAACAGUAUUCUUGCCGCACGUCUGGGCUGGAUAGUAAUGACCAUUAGAGUAGUAACACGAUCGAGUAUGCAGGCAGAUCGUCUUCGCCAAAAGCUUUUGGAUUUUAUCUUGGCAGACUUUAAAAAGCGUGUCAAUAUUGCAAUUCUGUGGCUUCAUGAGGAGCAGUUUCUAAGUCAAUCUGGCAAUACCGACUCUUAUACAAUUUGGCUCAAGAAUAUUCUAGAUGGUCUUGCUUGUGAUAGAGAGUCCCGCAAUGGUAGUACGGGCACACUACAAAACCCUACAUCUGAUCGUAUUGAUACAUCUGUGCGCGAUAAUCAAUUCGAAAAACUGCAUGCAGCUUUGGAUCCUGAAGACCGUGCAUUUGUUCGACUUUUGAUUGAAUCACCAGUGUUUACAGACAUUGCAAUGGAUCAUAUUUUGGCGUGCUGUGAAUCAUCAAACAACAUUUAUCUUGGAGUCUCUGCAUUAAGAGAGCUGAUAAAUUCUCGACCGGCCGUUCGAGACAAUUGUUUGGAAAAGCUUCUCGCAUACUGCAUAACACCGGAUCCACAACUUCGUUCCACCUCGAUUAUUAUUACUCGCCAGUUAUUUGAAAAUCACAAGCCUCUUUCUGCAACCAUUUCUUCCUUUUCGCUCAAGCAGCUGGCACUACUCAAAAGUAUUCCGGAAGUUCCUGUACAAGAGGCUGAUCAUAAAGUUGAGGAUAGCGAUCAGGCCAAAACCAAUACAUUAGAGAAUGAGUCGGCAAUUGACACCAGUUUGGUUUCUCAAAAAAAGAUAUCUGCAGAAGAACAUAAAGUAUGGAUGGUCCAGGAAGUAGCUCGACAUUUGGAGUUGUAUUUGGCACUGUGUAGUUGCAAGGAUGCAUUACUUGACGAGGUGUGUUUACAACUCCAUGAAUUCCCUGCAUAUAUCCAGGAAAUCGUAUCGCUUCAACUGGUUGGGCUUUUGCGUGCCAUGUCUGUACACCCUGAGAAACUUCUUAGUCUUAUAUCUACCUUUCCAGAUGGAGCAGAAGUUAUUUCCAUUAAAGCGAUUGAAGUGCUUUUGACCACCGAACAUGCUGCUCUAGCAAUAAAACAAGCAAUAGAUGCCUAUAUGCAACGCCAGCUGGAUGCUAGAUUCUUGGUUAUUAUUAUGCCACAUUUGGAGCGGGCGCAAAUCAUGAGCGAGCUGCCCAAACUCAUCAUGACAUUGGACGGAACCGAAAAAAAUCACAACAUUGUUUGUGGUGUGGUGACCCAACUUAUUUCUGCCGACAACUCGCUUGCAGAUGGAGAAGUUAAAAAGGCACCUCUCACUCCAGCGGAAUUGCUCAUCAAAAUCCACCAAAUUGAUGAUAUAGUGGGACUAAAGCGUUGUGUAGAAGCUACUUCGAUUUGUUUUGAAAUGCCUGAUUUGUUUAAGCAAGAAGUUCUUGCUGUUACUUUACAACAUCUUGCCGAUCUGCCUACCUUGCCCAUUCUGUUUAUGCGUACUGCCAUUCAAAGUCUUGGUGCUUACAAGGGACUUGUCAGUUUUGUAAAUAACAUUCUUGGGAGGCUAGUUGGAAAACGAAUAUGGGCCAAUACACAAGUUUGGCAAGGAUUUAUUCGAUGCUGCACGAUUAUGUUUCCAUCGUCCAUUUCCAUCAUUUUAGCACUUCCUAAAACACAAGCGUUGGACUUGAUUGACAAAUCACCUAACCUUCGUCAUGCACUUCAAGAGUAUUUAGGUCAACUAUCGACUCAGCAACGCGCUCGACGUGAUUUUGUUGUUCUUGGUCAAUUACUAAAUGAAAUCACUGCUAAAUAA